CGCCACCACCACCACUAGUCCACCUGCACCACGCGCCUCGAUCGGCCUCGCCGCCGCCGCCGCCGCGAUCCCCCGCCGCCGAUGCAGUCCCUCACCGCCCCCGCCGCCCGGCCGCUGCUCCCGCGCUCCGCCCACCUCCUCCGCAUCCCGAGCCCCCCUCCCUUCCCCCACCUCCGACGUCGCUGCUCCCCCUACCUACCCCCCAAAUCGCUAUCCCUAUCCUCCAGACCCCCGCUCAUCCUUGCGGGCCGCUCCUUGCUCUUCACCCCACGCGCCCACGGCGACCACCACCACCAUCACGACCACAGCCACGGGCACCAUGGACACGGCCACGGCCACCACGGGGUGGGCGUGCGCGAGGGGGGCGGGAGUGCGGCGGUCAUGCGGUUCGCGAGGGCGAUCGGGUGGGCUGCCGUCGCCGACGCGCUGCGGGAGCACCUGCAGGUCUGCUGCAUCUCCCUCGGCCUUCUCCUCAUGGCCGCCGUCUGCCCGCACGUCGCGCUGCUGAACUCGGUCAGGCGUCUGCAGGCCGCGCUCAUCGCCGUGGCCUUCCCUCUUGUCGGGGUUUCUGCAGCACUUGAUGCUCUUCUAGAUAUUGCUGAUGGGAAAAUAAAUAUACAUGUCCUUAUGGCUCUUGCAGCAUUUGCAUCUAUAUUUAUGGGAAACUCAUUGGAGGGUGGUCUGCUUCUUGCAAUGUUUAAUUUAGCUCAUAUUGCUGAAGAAUAUUUUACAAGCAAGUCAAUGUAUGAUGUGAGGGAACUGAAGGAAAAUCAUCCAGAAUUUGCACUGUUGUUAGAAACAAGUGGAGACGAAUCAGCACAAUUUUCAAAUUUGAGUUAUACCAAAGUUCCUGUCCAUGACCUUGAAGUGGGUUCUCAUAUUUUGGUCAGAGCUGGUGAGGCUGUGCCUGUUGAUGGAGAAGUUUACCAAGGAUCAUCGACAGUCACCAUUGAACACCUCACCGGUGAAACAAAACCUCUUGAAAGGGCUGUGGGGGAUUCUAUACCAGGUGGAGCCAGGAAUUUGGAAGGAAUGAUGAUUGUAAAGGUGACCAAGUCAUGGGAGGAUUCAACACUCAACAGAAUUGUCCAGUUAACUGAAGAGGGCCAGCUAAACAAGCCAAAGUUGCAAAGAUGGCUAGAUGAGUUUGGAGAGCACUAUAGCAAAGUUGUUGUGGCCUUGUCAUUGGUUGUUGCACUACUGGGACCAUUCCUCUUUAAAUGGCCCUUUUUCGGUAACUCAGUCUGUAGGGGGUCAAUUUACCGUGGAUUAGGACUUAUGGUGGCUGCAUCCCCGUGUGCACUUGCCGUAGCUCCAUUAGCAUAUGCCACAGCAAUCAGUUCUCUUGCAAGUAAGGGAAUUUUAUUGAAAGGUGGGCAUGUCUUAGAUGCUCUUUCUGCUUGUCAGUCUAUUGCUUUUGACAAGACAGGCACACUAACAACUGGGAAGCUUAUGUGCAAAGCAAUCGAGCCCAUUCAUGGACAUUUGGGUGUGAAUAAUGGUCUCAAUACUCAUUCUUGCUGUACACCAAACUGUGAAAGUGAAGCUCUAGCUGUUGCUGCAGCUAUGGAGAAAGGAACAACCCAUCCUAUUGGAAGGGCAGUUUUAAACCACUCUGUUGGGAGAGACCUCCCAGUGGUUGCUGUAGAAAGUUUUGAGAGCUUACCUGGUAGAGGAGUUGUUGCUACUUUGAGCGGCAUAAAGGCAAGAAACACCGAAAAUGAGCUUGCUAAGGCAUCUAUAGGCUCUGUGGAAUAUAUUUCUUCGUUAUACAGAUCUAAUGGUGAAUCUGAGCAAAUAAAAGAGGCAGUAAAAAGUUCUGCAUUUGGGCCUGAGUUUGUCCAAGCUGCUCUAUCAGUAGAUAAAAAGGUGACCCUUUUCCACUUUGAGGAUGAACCCCGUAUUGGUGUCUGUGAAGUUAUAUAUACCUUAAGAGAAAAGGCUAAACUUAGAAUCAUGAUGCUUACUGGAGAUCAUGAAUCAAGUGCUCUGAGAGUUGCUAAAGCUGUAUGUAUUGAUGAAGUUCACUGGUCUUUAAAGCCAGAGGAUAAGUUGAACAAAGUGAAAGCAGUUUCAAGGGAGGGAGGUGGAGGUUUAAUAAUGGUUGGUGAUGGUAUAAAUGAUGCGCCAGCACUUGCAGCUGCAACAGUUGGUAUCGUUCUAGCACAACGUGCCAGUGCAACGGCAGUAGCUGUUGCAGAUGUUCUGUUGCUGCAGGAUAAUUUAUGUGUGGUGCCAUUUUGUAUCGCUAAAGCUCGUCAAACAACUUCACUGGUGAAGCAAAGCGUAGCUCUUGCCUUAACUUGUAUCGUUUUUGCUGCACUUCCUUCUGUCUUAGGAUUUCUUCCCCUUUGGUUGACAGUGCUUCUUCAUGAAGGGGGAACCCUUCUAGUCUGUUUGAACUCGAUACGAGCCCUCAACCCUCCUACAUGGUCUUGGGCAGAUGACAUCCGGCAACUCUUUGAUGCCAUAAGAAAGUUCAUGUCAGAAAAGUUGAAUAGCUCCUCCUCAAAUUUCUCAGCCAAGACUGUUCCGUUGUAGAUAUGUAUAGCAACAGUUCUGUUUUGUAUUUUGUUGGCAUGAACUGGUGGGAGUUUAGUUGACUGGUUCUGACCUAACUUUUAUAGGCUGUAGUCAUAGCACCACCUUGUAAAGAAUCACGCCUUGGUUCAUGCUUUUGCACAAACAGCGCUGAGCAUCCUGUAAUCGAACUGUUGGUUGAGGCAUGUUGGUCCAAUACCUCGGUGAAUCUAUUGCAUGGGCCACGUUGUUCAGCA